UGCGCCAUUUUGAAAGUGUUGGGGAGAGAGAGAGGAAUUGAGAGGGAGAGUGCUGAGAGGGUAAGCGAGCGAGAAAGAGUGUGAGAGGAGGUAGCCAGUCAAGCAGAGAGCCCCAUACUUUUUUAAACUUCACGAUCCACCUCCAUCCUCAGCGAGCGUCCGCUUGCAUACACUGAAGGCCGGCAAAAUUGACAAGACCAGGGCCCGAGCCCGCGACAGAGAUUCCCUCUCACCAUGGCAGGAGCCGGAGGUGGGAGCAACGAUGUGCAGUGGUGCUUCUCUCAAGUCAAAGGAGCCAUCGACGACGAAGUCGCUGAAGCCGACAUUAUCUCCACGGUGGAGUUCAAUCACUCUGGGGAGCUGCUAGCCACGGGGGAUAAAGGUGGCCGUGUGGUCAUCUUCCAGCAGGAGCUAGAGAACAAGUGCCAGCCACAGUGCCGAGGCGAGUACAACGUUUACAGCACCUUCCAGAGCCACGAGCCCGAGUUCGACUACCUGAAGAGCUUGGAGAUCGAGGAGAAGAUCAACAAGAUCCGCUGGCUGCCCCAGAAGAACGCAGCGCAGUUCCUGUUGUCCACAAACGAUAAAACAAUUAAGCUGUGGAAGAUCAGUGAACGAGACAAGAGACCAGAGGGCUACAACCUGAAGGAGGAGGACGGACGCUACAGAGACCCCACCACCGUCACAACACUAAGGGUGCCAGUGUUCAGGCCCAUGGACUUGAUGGUGGAAGCCAGUCCACGGCGAGUGUUUGCCAACGCACACACCUACCACAUCAACUCUAUCUCGGUCAACAGCGACUAUGAGACCUACCUGUCAGCAGACGACCUGCGCAUUAACCUCUGGCACCUGGAGAUCACCGACCGCAGCUUCAACAUCGUGGACAUCAAACCGGCCAACAUGGAGGAGCUGACGGAGGUGAUCACAGCUGCGGAGUUCCACCCAAACCAGUGCAACACCUUUGUGUACAGCAGCAGCAAGGGCACCAUCCGCCUGUGUGACAUGAGGGCGUCCGCGCUGUGUGACAAGCACUCCAAACUGUUCGAGGAGCCGGAGGACCCAAGCAAUCGCUCUUUCUUCUCCGAGAUCAUCUCCUCCAUCUCCGACGUCAAGUUCAGCCACAGCGGCCGCUACAUGAUGACCCGGGACUACCUGUCCGUCAAGAUCUGGGACCUCAACAUGGAGACCCGACCUGUAGAGACCUAUCAGGUUCACGAGUACCUCAGGAGUAAGCUGUGCUCGCUCUACGAGAACGACUGCAUCUUCGACAAGUUUGAGUGCUGCUGGAACGGGAACGACAGCGUGGUGAUGACGGGCUCCUACAACAACUUCUUCCGGAUGUUCGACCGGAACCACCGGCGGGACGUGACCCUGGAGGCGUCCCGGGAGAGCAGCAAGCCGCGCUCGGUGCUCAAGCCCCGAAAGGUGUGCGCGGGCGGCAAGCGCAAGAAGGAUGAGAUCAGUGUGGACAGCCUGGACUUUAACAAGAAGAUCCUGCACACGGCCUGGCACCCGCAAGAGAACAUCAUCGCCGUGGCCACCACCAACAACCUGUACAUAUUCCAGGACAAACAGAACUAGACCUCAAUUCUGACAGAACCCUUCAUAUCCCAAAAUCCACCCCUGCCCCAUCUCUCUAGUCCUACGCCUGCCUGACCCAUAUGUACACCACCGCCAGCUCUAGUUUUAAUUGCACUCUUUAUUUUCUCUCCAGUUCUGUUCACUUCCACAUCGCUGGACACCCCAGCACACGCAUGCACUUACACACACCGAUUAACACACCACACUAUACUGCAACUGCUGUUUGUCCCAGCCCAGAGGAAAAAUCUUAACACAGUCAUCAGUCAAAGUUAGUUUUUGCAUUUUUAACCUGUUUCUGUGAAAGGCGUAUUGUAGUAUCCUUAUUUUCAUGUUUUUUUUUUUUAUUAUAUCACCAGGU